AUGGCAGCCUAUCCAGAGAGCUGCUUGGAUGCCGCGGUGCUGGACUUCGUCGCAGAUCUGUCUUUGGCCUCACCAAGACACCCUCUUCUCUGCGACUUUCCAUCUGGGGUCGCUUUUGGGGACCGGACACUUGGAUUCAGCGAGGGAAGACCCCGGAGGCUGUUGCAAUUGGAGGAGGGAAGCCCAGAAGAAGAGGAAGCCGAGGUAGAAGAAGGGGACGCGGAGGAGGAGGAGCAGGAGGAAGAGGGGCGCGGGACAGCAGCCUCCCUGCUGGGCCGCCCCAAAAGGAAAAGAGUAAUCACAUACGCCCAGCGUCAAGCCGCCAACAUCCGUGAGAGGAAGAGGAUGUUCAACCUCAACGAGGCCUUUGACCAACUGCGCAGGAAGGUGCCCACCUUCGCUUAUGAGAAGAGGCUGUCCCGGAUCGAGACCCUCCGCCUGGCAAUCGUCUACAUCUCCUUCAUGACCGAACUCCUGGAAAGCGGCGAGAAGGAGGAGACCGGCUGA